AUGGAAAUUUGCGUUCGUUUGAAUGAGGAUUGCGAGAAUGACUACACUUUCCAAGUGAACAAAGAUGACACGUUUGAACCGAAAUUGAUGAAGAUGUUUGACGAAAAGGUAGGGCUCGCCAGUUUCAUGGUGUUGAGACCAUCGUUGUUCUACAAGAAAAUGCCAAAAGGAUUGCAGAAAUCGAUGCACCCGGGCUACUUGACAGAGAACGGGUGUUUGCUGUUCCACUACGACUGCGACAACAAGGAAUACCGCGAAGCGCUGGAUUUGAAAAAUAAGAAGAUAUGGGAGCAGAUGUGGCCUGGCCAGCUGGUGUUACCGCAGUGGGAGCUGUCGCACACAAACAUCCUGGUCUUCGUGGGGAUCAUGCUGGCGUGGCUGUACACGGAUUUGCCGGACCUGGUCUCGCCCACGCCCGGUAUCUGUUUCACGAACCAGAUCUCCAGAGGAUUGAUUGUGGUGGCGCGCCACUACGGCUACAACGCUAUUGCCGAGAAACUCUCGGAAGAAGUACAGGUCAACUCGGCCGGCACGGCUGCGCAGUGGCUGUUUUUCGCUCUGCACGUUUUCAAAGUGCUAUUUGUGGCGCUGGUGUUCUACACUGGGCUGGUCAACCCGCUGACCUUCAACCCCGUCAGAAUCUACCAGACACGCAGUGCGGUUGCCACCAAGGACACUGCGUCUUUGAAGGCUAUUUUGCAGUCGAUCGGCUGGGUCGGGGCCAAGAGGGCCACUUACGAUGACUACCGAGACACCUACUACAACUACCGUCUCGAAAAGGCCGGUGGACUGGUGCCCGCGUACAAGAGCGGGGUGAUGAAGGCUGCAGCCACGCCCGGAGUGAUCCUGGAGAAGGGCGAAGGCUUCCAAACACCGCUGGACAAAAGAUUCACCGAGUCGACUUUCAAGACCAUGGAAAAGUCCCGCAAGCUGGUGCUGAGCGAGGAGUACCUGAUCCAACUGGAAAAAGACCUACAGGCGCAGGUCAAGGCCUGCGAGGGCGACGUGCCCAAGAUCAACCAGGAGAUCCGCAAGUUCAGACGGUUCGGGCUGUUUGAGUGCGGGCCGGAGCUGGCCCGCCUGGUGCAGCUGCGCCAGGAGGUUGCCGCCGCGGAGCUGCAGAAGUCCCAGGACGACGAGGACGAGAAGAAGAACCAGUAA